AUGGUAGCCUCAAUAGACGAAAAGCAAGUCAAGAUGGUGGUCAAGAGCCCAGAAAGUCAGAGUGAUGGCGAAAAUCCCAAUAUUGACUGGAGCCCGGAGGAAGAACGACAAUUGGUGCGAAAAAUUGAUUUGAUUAUCAUGCCGCUGUUGAUCCUCGCUUUCUUUGCUCUACAGCUCGACCGUGGCAACAUUGGCAAUGCCUUGACGGACUAUUUACUCAAAGAUGUUGGUAUCACACAGAACCAAUUCAAUGUUGGCCAACAGUUGUUAUCUGCAGGCAUCGUGAUACUGGAAAUACCGAGCAACCUAGUUCUUUACCGUAUUGGACCAACGCUCUGGAUUGGAGGACAGAUCGUGGCCUGGGGAUUGGUUGCGACUUUUCAAGCAUUUCAAAAAGGGCUGGGUGCUUACAUGGUGACUCGAAUCCUCCUUGGCCUUUGCGAGGCAGGAUUCAUUCCUGCAGCUCUUUUCACGAUGACGCGCUGGUAUAAGAGAGAUGAGACGAGCAAAAGGUUCUCGUGGUUCUUCAUUGGCAACAUGUUAGCUGCCGCAUGCUCUGGCCUCAUAGCGUACGGGAUAGGCAUUGCUGGACUUGCUGGAUGGCAGUGGCUCUUUCUCCUCGAGGGAAUUUUCACAAUUUUGGUCGGUAUCGCCUUUUUCGCUUGCUUUCCUAACCAAGUCAACAACCCAGUAUCCAUACUCGGCUUUCGCUAUUUCUCAGAACGGGAAGCACAGAUCUUGGAUAAGAGAGUCAUGAUCGAUGACCCGUCCAAGGCUCAGUCGAAGCGCUCGGUUAGCUGGCCAGAGCUGAGAUCAGCGUUAACGAACUGGAGACUCAUUCCCCAUGUUAUCUUCACUAUUGCUGCCCUGGCACCAUCUUCUACUCUGUCAUCCUAUGCGCCCUCUCUUGUGAACUCGAUGGGGUUUGAGAGAUUGGAGUCCAAUGCCAUGGUUUCAGUCGGUGCUUGGCUCUUGAUUCCAAUCAACCUCUUAUGGGGGUUUACUGCCGAUAAAACGAGAGUCCGUGGUCCAUGGGUGUUCCUAGGCUUAUUCAUAUUCUGGGGCUUCAAUGUUAAUGCCGGCCGCGACGCGAGAUUUGCCAUGUUGACUCUGUCAACGGCAUUCUCGUUUCCUUGGCAUCCUGUCAAUGGCGCUUGGGUCUCGGCUAACGCUGAGUCCGCCGGUGAACGUUCUAUCACCAUGGCCAUCCUCAUUAUGGCUGCCAACUGUUCAGGUAUUGUUGGUAAGCAGCUGUUCAGAGAAGAGGAUGCACCGAAGUAUCGCAAUGGAUGGACAGUUAUAACAGGCCUUACUACUGCCGCUGCGGCUUGUGGUAUUUGGGCCAAUGUCCAGUACUAUAUUCUCAAUAAGCGCAAGCUGAAUCGGACAGGGCUCUCUUAUCAGUAUUAA